AUGUUCCAUGCUAAGAAACCUUCAAGUAUGAAUGGUUCAUAUGAGAACAGAGCUAUGUGCGUUCAAGGAGAUUCAGGCCUUGUCCUCACCACCGACCCUAAACCGCGUUUGCGUUGGACUGUCGAACUCCACGAGCGUUUUGUCGACGCCGUCGCUCAGCUCGGCGGCCCAGAUAAAGCGACUCCAAAGACGAUUAUGAGAGUUAUGGGUGUGAAGGGUCUUACUCUUUACCACCUAAAGAGCCAUCUUCAGAAAUUCAGGCUUGGAAAGCAGCCGCACAAGGAGUACGGGGAUCACUCCACAAAGGAAGGCUCAAGAGCUUCUGCCAUGGAUAUUCAGCGCAACGUAGCUUCCUCCUCUGGCAUGAUCAGCCGCAACAUGAAUGAGAUGCAAAUGGAAGUCCAGAGAAGGUUGCAUGAACAGCUAGAGGUGCAGAGACAUUUGCAGCUGAGGAUUGAAGCUCAAGGAAAGUACAUGCAAUCUAUAUUGGAGAGAGCUUGCCAAACCUUAGCCGGUGAGAACAUGGCAGCCGCUGUCGCCGCCGGAGGAGGUUACAAGACCAAUUUGGGAAGUACAAGUCUUUCCGCAGCGGUGGGUCCACAACCUCUUCCUCUUAGUUUCCCGCCGUUUCAAGACCUAAACAUUUAUGGAAACACAACCGAACAAGUUCUUGACCAACAUAACUUCCAUCAUCAGAACAUAGAGAAUCAUUACACAGCCAACAAUGCUGCAGACACCAACAUUUACUUGGGGAAGAAGCGACCAAACCCUAGUUAUGGUAACGAUGUAAGGAAAGAACUCUUAAUGUGGUCUGAUCAAGAUCAUGAUCUUUCUGGAAACCAAGCCAUCGAUGACGAGCAUCGGAUUCAGAUACAAAUGGCUACACAUGUUUCCACGGAUUUGGAUUCUCUGUCGGAAAUUUACGAAAGGAAAUCGGGUUUGCCAGGUGAUGAAGGAAAUAACGGUGGUAAAUUUCUGGAAAGGCCAUCACCUCGAAGGUCACCAUUGAGUCCUAUGAUGAACCCUAACAGUGGGUUAAUACAAGGAAGGAAUUCACCAUUUGGGUGAUAAAAUUGUUUAUUUUAAGAUGUGAUGUAUGAGAACGUGAGAAGGAGAUAUAUAUUUUGUUUUAUGAGCUUGACUUAGGUUUAGAGAUGAGGCAUAAAAAAAUACAAACUUUGUUAUGUUUAUCGGAUUAGUUUUGCUCGUGUCUUUAAUUUGUACUGAAAUUAUGUAUCAUUAUUGUUGCUAUAAUAUCUAGGUUCUAUUAUGUACUUAUUCA